CAAAAAUUCAAAAAUUUAUUGACCAAAUCCAUAAGAUAUUAUUAUCUCCGGGCGUUAUUUCCAAGAAAGUUCUUCAAUUUCUUUGAGAAGAUUUCUCCAUUGGUGGAUUGGAUCCGCAGGCGGAAUUUUCCGGCUUUCGAUGCUUAUCGAAGAGCGUUUCGCAUGGCUUCUCUGAGUUCUUCUCUCUCUGCACUUCAGUUCACUGCUUCCGACAUCUUCGGAACUCGUCCGAAACUCUCUUCCUUCGUUCAAAUUCGAACAAGCACGUUCCUCAAGCCGUUUGUGGUUGAAGCAAGGGGCAAUGCCCGAGUCUCGAGUCCAAAAAUACGGAACAGGAGGAUCCGGAAGAAGUUCAACGGAACACCGAUGAAACCAAGGCUUUCGGUUUUCUGUUCGGACAAGCAAUUGUAUGCGAUGUUGGUUGAUGACCAGAACAAGAAGUGUCUGUUCUACGGUAGCACUCUUCAGAAAUCCAUCCGUGGAGAUCCUCCAUGUUCCACCAUUGAAGCGGCAAAAAGGGUAGGGGAAGAACUCGUCAAGGCUUCUAUCGAACUUAACAUCGACGAGAUUUCGACUUACGAUCGAAAUGGCAAUGCUCGAGGUGACAGAAUGCAGGCUUUCGAGGUUGCAAUCUCUCGACAUGGGUUCUUGCCAAACUAGGGUUUUUUUCACUGAUUUUUGUUUCCAGGUUUUUGUUACAAAUCCAUCCACAAAAGGGUCGUUCUUGGAUAUAUUGUUCUGAAAAAAACAUGUCUUGUUUUUUUGGAUAUGAUGAUUUUAACUUCAUUACUGAAACUGAAACUUAGUUCUCACAAGUUGACAGAGAUGUACAUAUUGUAAUAAUGGAUUAGAGAUUAUGGUUGGAAACA